AACGCCGUUGAUUUAUGCGAUUUCAAUUCAUGUGCCAAUCCACUCGUUUGGCGCGUUAAUGUGAUAUUCUAAAAAGCUUACAUUAAAGUUAUGGAGUUUACAUGAGUUAUACUGUUACAGCAUGAGAAGAUGCAGAUGAAGAUUAUCGAGGAUAUUUCAAAGUUUAUUUUUCUGGAUCGUUUCUUUUAGGGAAAAUUGGAAAAAUGGACACUUUGAACUUUUAUUUGUCACAAUAGGACUUCUGAUACUUUGGCCAAUUCUGGACGUAUUUUACCCUUCUUUUAUGGGGAAAAUAGUAAACUGAAUUUUAAAAAUGUUAAAAAAUAUGAAAACUAUUGGAAACAUAAGUAUGACAAUAUAUAUGUUGAAAAGUUUUUUUUUUUAAAGUGGAAUCAUAUUUUAUUUUAUCUUCUAACUACAGUAAGAAUACUAAUUCUGGUUAUCUACUUAGCCUAGAAAUCAGAUACUAAAUUUAUACAUAGAUAUAUUCAGGGUAUACAACGUAAACUAGUCUUUCUUAUAUAUUCUAACACAUCUAUAAUUUGAAACAUUAUAAUCAAGAAAGAUGUCUUUAGUAUACCUACAGCUUGAUAAUGACAUAUAACCACAACGCACUGAUAUACCUUAUCUAUAUUGUGUGCCAUAACCUAUUCUGCCUUUUACCUUAUGUGGCACUUAAGGAAGAAUAUGUUUCUCAUCUACUCUAUUGUGUUCUGCGUAAGCUAGGAUAUAUAUUCUAGGAAAAUCCGAAAAAUAUGGAAACUUCCAUAUUCAGUUAAAGAUGUUUCCUAAAUCUAACCUAAAUCUAAACUAAAUCUACCCUAAAUCUUUCAAAGAAUAUUCUCCCACGUUUUUCUCCUCCUCCUACUCCCAUGAUCUUUUUCUCUUUGUUCUUUGUGUUUCUUUCUUCUUCAUUCACAUAAUCAUCUCUUCUCUCUAUCAAUACCACAUGGUUCUAAUCUAUGUUAAAUCUGAUGAAUGAAUGUCUAGUUGCAAUGAAGAGUGGAAAUCUCGCACCAUAACUUCUCUUUCAAUCUUUUUUUUUAUGCAUCAUAUGAAUCAUGUGAUUGUAAUUUGAAGCUGAUAUUUAAUGUGAUUUAUAUGGUUAAAUAUCAAGGGUCCUUAGCUCAAUGGUAGAGCAAAUGACUGCAGAUCAAUAGGUAACCGGUUCGAGACCAGAUGGGCCCUUCUUUAUUUUUACUUUUCUAUUAUGUUUUUACUCUGCUUCAGGUUUGGAUUUGGAAUUCAGAUACAAGCACUCAAGCCUAAUAUUAGACCAUCAAUGGCAAUAAAACUCAAAGGAGAAACACACAAAAAUGCUCAAAGAGCUUAUUAAACGAUAAAAAAGCAAAACACUAAAUCCAGCCACAUUCUCGGACCACAGAUCUUCAUAGCUGAUAAAAUCCAUAAACCCGUAACUCUGUGUAAUAUACGUUAAAAUAAGCUGCCGUGCUUGGUCGGGUAUUAAGAAAGGAUAUCACAUGUCUAAGACCUUAUUUAAAUUGAACUGCAAGUGGCUUAAUGGGGCCAAAUACAAUAUCUGUUCCUUACAACUGUAACCCUCGAAGUGAUAUAAUCUCCUAAUCACCUGUACGUGCUUCUCCAUGCACUUAGUUAGAGGAUGUGUGUGGUUUAAUGAGACCAAACACACUACCUGCUCUAUAUUGAAAACAACAAUCAUAAAAGGCCAAGACCCUAACCGAGAAUAGAAAAAACCCAAGAACCCAAAUCCAUACCCAAGUUUAAGAUCCUGGCAGUUAAAAGAUAAAGAGGAGCCACAUCCAUACCCCAUAAAUGUUUCUCUUAACAAAAUGAAGACAGAACAAUACCAGUAACCAAAGAAAGAUGUUACCAGACACAGCCGAGGAUCCCUUAUUGAUGACAGAACUAAAACAUGCCAAAACUCCAAGUAAGAAUGACCUAGCCAACUGACACCAACAAUAUGAAGCGCAUUCCAAUACUUGAACAACUCACAGAGAUGGACAAAACAACAAAGAACAAUGCUUAUAAUGAUUGUAUCCGAGAGACAGCAAUAACAGCAACAUGAAGAGCCAGUUUUAAUCCAAAGUUUCUACCCUUAACCAUAACAUCAGAAAUAAGAUAGAAAACAAAAGAAAUUCAAAGGAAAAACCGAUAAGAACGAAAACAUAUAAAAACCAAGAACCAGAAACCCAUGACUGCUCACGAAACCUCUCUGCUUCACCGCUUUUCAUGUCUCCAGACUUUCCAAUUGUAAGAGUGAUGCUAAAAAAAAUUGUAAGCACAUCUCUCUUUAUAGCAAACCCAGUUAUCUAACUCCCUUCGCCAAAACACUCUCGUUGAAUCUGAGAUUGUGACUUGAUGAAGUCUGAGCUCAAAAUCCAAUCAGAAUAUCUUGGUAAUUUCCCAGAUCUUUCCAUACGAUAUCUCCUUUUUGCGAGACAAUCCUUCGCGACCCCGGAAGAUAUUUUUUUGCCAAAUCUCCCUGACUCUUAUGUAUCUUUCGGAUCCUGCCCUCGUGAUGAUGCUCUUUAUGAUUCCAUAACAACCAUUGAAUCCCUGGAUCCCAUCGUCGAAGAACCAUUGAAACCCUAAUUUGUUUUCACCUUCAACCGCCAUCGAGGAGGAAUACUUUCUGUUUUCUUAUUAUUUUAUUCUAUUAUAAGAAAAUUACUAAAUAUUUUAUUUAUUAGUUUUUAAUUAAAAGAAAUUGAAUAAUUUAAGGGUAUAAUGGUAUUAACAUUAAUCUAAAUCCUAUUUUCCUAAAUAAUCUUCUAAAAAUCUUAUUGAGACAAAUCUAAGUUCAAAGUGUCUUUUUUUUUCCAAUUUUCCCUUUCUUUUACUAUUUCCCACAUUCCUGUCAAGUAUUAUCCCACAUUUAUGCAGUUUGAUUCAUUUCUCUAUUUGUAUAUUUUGGGGCUACCAUCCGUAUUCAGAUGCUCAUCUUGAUUCUUGACCACGCCACAAGAGAAGACGCCUUAAAAUAGCUCUAGUGGGAUCGAAUGUGGAAUUUACAUAAGUAAAGAAUUAAGAAUAUGUAUAAAUACACGUGUCUUUUUGUUAUAUUUUAUUUGGCGUGCCGAUAUUGCUAAUAGCGCGAAGUGGAAACAAUUUGGACGAUGCACUUUGUAAACAAAAGAAUUAUAUAAAAUCACUGCAAAAUUAUAUAAUUAGGUUCAAGUGGGAAAGUAACACUACCGCUAAAACCGAUCAUAAUAAGUUGACUACUACGUGGAAUACCAUCAUUAUCAAGGUAGUCGUCAGUGUUCCUAAGUACUUUUUGGUGUGUUUACACAAUUAGUUAACUAUCAAUGAAUGGUUUUAUCCAUUUCGGGAUUGUUAACAAUCAGUCAAUCACUUUAAGAUAUCAAUUAUCUUCUCAUUUGUAAGCAUUUCAAUGGAUAAUUGAUAUACAUCUUUUUGGUUUUAGGUAUAAUCAUUGAUUCUCAAGUUCGUUCAUUAUUUAUAUAAAAGUAUAUAUAUUUUAGGUUAAGCUACUUAAAUCUGUUAAUUGGAAUAUAUAGUUUUAAUUAAGGAAAUAUCCGUUGAAGUUUAUGUUUUAAAUAGUAGUGAUCCAAUAACAUUCAAUGGAUUUUCUAAACCUGUUUUAAUUUAACUGGCUCUAAAUAUAUAUCAUCAUGAGUAUGUUGUUUCUUUAUGUAUAGUGAGAAUAAAUUCUAACUAAAUUCAUGUGCAUAGUUCCUAUCAGGCUCAAUCUCAUCAAAAAGAUACAUGUAACUUGUAAGUACCAGUGGGGAAAAUUGUUUCACACAAUGUCCACUUGCGUCCUAAGAAUACAUUUAAAUACAUGCAGCCCUAUUCUAUACAAAGUUGAUUACAGUCACUAGUUUUAGUGGAUUACGUAAUAUAAAACCGGCCAACAUACAAAACAAGAUAGAAAGUUCAUGAGUCUUAUCAAUUUGAAUGCUUCUUUGUGCCUAAUUUUACAAGAAUUAAAAAAAAAACAUGGAGCUUAAUGCGUCCUCUUGAGCACAAGAAAUUAAUAUUUCGAAGCCUCCAUGCGUCACCAUCCAUUAAUCAUUCUCGUAAUAGUCCACUAACAGAAGCACAAUUAAGCCCUUUGCUACCUAUUUUUUUUCUCUAUAAGUAGAACCACAUUUCUUCAACAUCGUAUUAAACUAUCACUCUAGUAACUCAUCUAAACAAGCCAUCUUAUAGACAAUGAGAGGACAUGUAUUGCUUACUGUUUUCACCCUGUGUAUGCUUUGUUCAGGGGCUAAGGCACAGCUAAACCCUAACAUUUACGCUAAAUCAUGCCCGUAUCUUGUUUUAAUUGUCCGCAGACAAGUUAUGAACGCCCUGAAGGCAGAUACUCGGAUGGCUGCUUCUCUCAUUCGUCUUCAUUUCCAUGACUGUUUCGUUAAUGGGUGUGAUGCGUCUGUAUUGCUGGAUGGAGACGAUAGCGAGAAAUUAGCGAUCCCAAAUCUAAACUCUGCGAGAGGAUUUGAAGUAAUUGAUACGAUCAAAGCCGAUGUGGAAUAUGCAUGUCCUGGUGUUGUUUCUUGUGCUGAUAUACUCACUUUAGCCGCUCGCGACUCGGUUGUCUUAAGCGGAGGGCCUCAGUGGAGAGUAGCGUUAGGAAGAACAGAUGGACUUGUGGCAAAUCAGAGCAGUGCAAAUAAUCUACCAUCUCCUUUUGAACCCUUAGACGCUAUUACUGCCAAGUUUGUAGCUGUUGGCCUUAAUGUCGCCGACGUCGUAGCUUUAUCAGGAGCUCACACCUUUGGACAAGCAAAAUGUGAUGUCUUCAGCAAUAGGCUGUUCAACUUUGACGGUGCAGGAUCUCCGGACGCAACACUUGAGACAACACUCUUGUCUGAUCUGCGAACAGUUUGUCCCGCCGGAGGAAGUGGAAACCAAACAGCUCCCCUAGACAGGAACUCUACUUACGCCUUCGACAACAACUAUUUCAAGAACCUCCUCGAAGGGAAAGGUCUUUUGAGUUCGGAUCAGAUUCUGUUCUCGAGUGAUUUGGCCGUGAACACAACAAAGAGACUUGUGGAGGCUUAUAGUCGGAGCCAGUACUUGUUUUUCAGGGACUUCACUCGUUCGAUGAUCAAAAUGGGUGGUAUUACGAAUCUUGUUAAUGGAUCUAGUGGGGAGGUUAGGAAAAACUGUAGGGUUAUAAAUAACUAGCCUGAGUGUUCCUAUUUUCUGCAAUGUUUGGGAGUUGAACAGUCCUUGUGUGUUUCAAAAUGGCCACUUGUGCAAUCUUAUGUUUCUUGCUUCUAA